AAUUAAGUGAUGUGAAAUCAAGAUACGUGAAUUAAGAUUAGAAUUAGAAUUUGAACAUAGAUGUGAAUUAAGAUAUAGUAUUCCAUGUAAUUGCUAUGUAAUUGCUAUAGUGUUAAAAUUAGAAUUUGAACAUAGAUGUGAAUUGAGAUACGUGAAAUCAAUUUAACUUAGAAUCUGAUUUUUUUUGUUUAGGUCUGUUGCAAAUCUGAUGCCGUAAUGCGAUAGUCAUGAAACUAUUUUGGUAAACUAUUAUAGUGUUAAAACCCAUGACAUUUGGUAAAUUUAGUAUUCCAUUGUUUUUGCUUUAAGCUUACCAUAGGAUGUUUCUCUUUUGGGCUCUUUACCUCUUCUGAGCUGCUGUUUUGUUUCAUACUAUGUGAAUUGAGAUUAAACUCUGAUUUUUUUUUAAAUGAUUACUUUGAAUUCAUUAGCUCAACAGCUAAUUCGUAUAAGGUUAAUUUUAUUUAUGUUUGGUCUUCAAAAAGAAGUAACAAAAAGUUUAAUACAUAGAAGAUGAUAACUCCAUUUUUUGACAGCUUGUGAAGUUUUUUUUGUGUUAUUUUGUAUGCAAUAUGUAGGCAGAUUUUUAUUACGUAAGUAGACUGAUUUUUUUGCACUUGUUUAUCGGAUAUGUUAACCAUCUAUUAGCACUCUAUGAAUCAUUGGGACACACAUAUUUCAUUCUUUAGGUAUGGAACACGCCGGUGAAUCAGAAAAGCAAAAAAAAUGUAGGAUAAGUUGGAAAAAUAUGAACGUGGUGAAAACAUUUCUUGAGACCUGUAUCCAUGAGAUUUCCGUAAACGGGCGGGAAGGUAGUAGUCUGAAAGCACUUUCUUGGAAGAAAGUUGCUGACGUUUUGAAUGAGACUCAUAAGUUUUCUGUUGAUCGAAAGCAAAUGAAAAAUCAUUACGAUUAUCUUAAAGGAAAAUAUGGAGCCUGGUUACUGCUCAAAAAUAAAACAGGCAAUGUGUAUGAUCCGUCCACCAACACAUUUAAUCUUACGCCCGAGGAAUGGGAGAUUGAAAUUAAGGUAAUUUUUGCCUAAAGGGCGCCUCUAUUUAUUUUGUUGUUAAUUUCUUUCCUAUACAGCUAUACUUUACAUUUUUUUUAACACAGAAAAAUAAGUACAUUGAAACUUUGAGGACUACAUCGCUUCCAUUCCCGGAACUUUGUGCACAACUAUUUGAUGGGUCUGUUGCAACGGGCGUUGAGAGUUGGGGACCAACUUCAGUCGAACCUAUGCCACAUGGACAUACUUCAUCUGAUGGUCCAAUUGUGGUUGAAGAAGAAGUGGAGUUUCAAGGUGCGCAUACUAUGUCUACGUCAACAGGUCAAUGUUCAAGCCAUAAGCAAUCAAAAAAACUCAAAAGCAAUGGCAAACAAGCAAAUUCAGCCAUUGAUGAAGAGUUUUUGAAUGUGAUUCGCUUAGUUGCUUCAAAACAUGUGAAGCCCGAAGCACCUUUGAAACCUGAACCACCAACUUUUGAUGAUUGCAUGAACAAACUAAAAAUGCUUGGAUGGGAAGAAGAUGACCCACUCUACGGAGUUGCGCUCGCUAUCUUUUGUGAUCCAAAUGAUCUUUAUCGCGAAGCAUGGAUGAAAAUUGGUGCGGAACUCCUUCCAAAUUGGGUCAAAAUGAUUGGGAAAAAAUUAGGAUUUAUGUAGGUUGUUAGUUUCUCUUGUGUUUGUUUGAACGUAUUCAGGACUAC